AUGGUCUCCUUCCAGAUUGAGAUUGAGAAGUGUAUUCGCAUUUCCGUAGACGGGAAACUCGCGUAUCACCUUAGCAGAGUUCGGAGUUCCGUCAACAACGAAGGCCAUGAUGUCGUCCUGCCGUUUUCUGUGUCCAGGCGCCCAGUGACCGACGACGGGAUUGACGCGCUCAACCACUUUAUCCGCCGCAACGCCCCAGACCUCCUGGUGGCCGACAUGGACGGUGCCGACGAGAUCAUCCGCCACCACAUGGCGGCGUUCUUCUGUGCCUCGCUGAUUCAUUUCGAGCGGCGCGUGCGCAAAACGUCCUCGGCCAAGCUCCAGCGGCUGGUGCAACGAAGCCUCGGCCAUCUCGAGUCGAUCCGCGCGCUGGAGACGGAAAAGGGCUGGGCCGUGUGCGGCUUCUUCCGGCCGCAGUUUGGCACACUGUGCGAGGCCGAGGACACUAUAGCCGGAGGUGGAUAUUUGCUAGCGCUCGCCUGUCAAUUGCCUUAA